AUGAGUCCGUUCGACCCAGCCGGCUUGCUAUGUUUCUUCUGGAUACAUGGAAAGAUAUUGAUUCAAGAUCUGUGGAGGGCCAAGACCGAAUGGGACCAACCAAUUCCUGAAAAGCUUCGUGAGAACUGGGAACGGUGGACGAGUAGGUUUCGGUAUCUGGAACAAAUAAAGAUCUCUCGGUGUUACUUCCCUCGACAUUCGGUAAAAGAUAUCCAGUCGCUGCAGCUACAUAUCUAUGUUGACGCUAGUGAAGAAGCAUAUGCAUGUGUCGCAUACUUCAGAGCCAUAUUUCCAGACGGAAUUCGUGUAGCGUUGGUCGGAGGUAAAUCUAAGGUUGCUCCACUCAAAGCAACUUCAAUUCCGAGGUUGGAGCUGAUGGCUGCAGUGAUCGGAGUACGCCUGAUGAAAACAAUACUCGUAGGGCAUUCGCUGAUCAUCGAGAAAACAACACUAUGGAGUGACUCUAGAACAGUUCUGGCGUGGAUAAAUUCGGACCAUCGGAGAUACCGCCAAUUCGUAGCAUGUCGAGUAGGUGAAAUUUUGUGUAAAACAAAUGCGGAUCAGUGGCGGUGGAUUGCCACGAAAAAGAACGUAGCGGAUGAUGCAACUAAGUGGGGAAAAGGACCGUGCUUUUCUUCUAACAAUCGGUGGUUUCGCGGCCCAGGCGAUUUGUAUUUACCCGAAGAACAAUGGAGCGUAGGGGUUCAUACGUUUAACGAAACUACGGAAGAGGAAUUGAGAUCGUGCUUGGUGCAUCAGGAUGCCAUUAUACCUCAGCUUCUACAAUGGGAGCGGUUCUCUAGCAUGACACACUUGUGCCGAUCAGUAGCUUAUGUGUACCGUUACUUGCUAAAUCUGCGACGAACUGUAAAAAGGGAGGCUCGACUAAUAGGUCCGCUAUCCCAGGAGGAGCUUGUUAAAGCUGAGAGAGCUAUCUUUCGUUUGGUACAACUUGAACUGUAUCCUGAUGAAGUUUCUGCGCUGACAUUAGAUCGGGAAAAACAACCGGGAUAUCAAGUGCGAUUAGACAAAACCAGCAAGAUCCGGAAAUUGUCUCCGUACAUGGAUGAGGCUAGAGUUAUCCGUUCGGACAGCAGGAUUUCUGCAGCAACCGUUGCCUCGUUCGAUACUAAGUUUCCUAUCGUACUACCUAAGGAGCAUCCUGUAACGCACAUGAUAGUCGAAUGGUAUCAUCAACGAUACCUACACGCUAAUGGCGAAACUGUCGUGAAUGAGGUGAGGCAGCGUUUCCAUAUACCACAGCUACGUUCGCUCGUGCGCAAAGUGGCAAAAGAGUGCAUAAUGUGUAAGAUAAGAAAACCUACACUAGAAACGCCUCGGAUGGCCCCGUUGCCUGAUUCUAGACUACAAGCUUUCGUACGACCCUUUUCGUAUGUGGGCGUGGACUAUUUCGGACCAAUCUCUAUACGUGUAAAUCGAAGUACUACCAAACGUUGGGUGGCAUUAUUCACUUGUAUGACCACCCGAGCCGUUCACCUCGAGGUCGCACACACACUUUCAACGGAAUCAUGCAAGAUGGCGGUAAGACGAUUCAUCGGACGUAGAGGUGCUCCAGUGGAAAUCCGCAGCGACAGAGGUACAAACUUUGUUGGUCUGAGCAACGAACUAAAACAACAGAUAACCCUAAUUGACGGACAACUCGCGGAGACCUUCACGAACGCAAAUACAAAGUGGGUAUUCAACCCACCUGGAGCGCCUCACAUGGGUGGAACAUGGGAGCGCCUGGUGCGAUCCGUGAAAACUGCACUCGCUGCAAUGGGCAGUAACAGAGCACCUAACGAAGAGACGCUUAUGACGGUAUUAGUGGAGGCGGAAAGCCUGGUGAAUUCCAGACCAUUGACAUAUAUCCCUUUAGAGACCGAACAACAAGAGGCAUUGACUCCAAACCACUUUCUUCUUCUGAACUCUAGCGGAGUGGUACAAGCUCCGAAAACUCAGAUCGAGCCAAAGCAAGUUUGCAGGAGUGACUGGAAUCUAUGUCGAGCUAUGGUGGAUCAAUUCUGGAGGCGUUGGAUACGAGAAUACCUACCUACAAUCGCUCGUCGAACCAAAUGGUUUGAAGACGUAAAACCGAUCGAAGUCGGGGACUUGGUCUUUAUUGUUGACGAAAAAUUCCGUAGUGGAUGGGUAAGAGGUCGUGUAGCGAAGAUUAAUAAAGGCCGGGAUGGAAGAGUUCGCGAUGCGGUGGUACAAACGGCAGGUGGAAUAGUACAUCGACCGGUUGUAAAAUUAGCUCGAUUGGACGUCAGUGGAGGUAAAGCCGGUUCAGAAGAAGCUCUAACCAGCCUUACGGGUCGGGGAAAUGUUGCGGCGUACUGUACCAAACCCUUACGUACGGUGUAA